AUGUCUAGCGCACAGCCGCGUUUACUCGCCCUUUCCUAUGGUGACAUGACGACUGUUUGUCUAGUACGCAUAUAUUCCUCUUAUGUGGCUCAUAUCCAGCUCAAGACCCUUGAAAAUAGCUCACUGCUUUCAGUGUUGCUUCGUCUAUCCCGCAAAAGUGGGUUAUACCCAGAAUGUAUCAUUCUAAAAGACGUUGUACAUGAAGACAAUUGUGCUGUUGCCCCGGGGCACUUUGGGGAGGUUUGGAAAGGGAAGUUUCGCAAUCAACAAGUUUGUCUCAAGGUCGUCAAGAUCUAUAAGCAAUCUGAUGUUCAUCGCCUUUUGAAAGUUUUUGCUAAGGAAGCAAUUUUGUGGAGCCGGCUUUCACAUCAAAAUUUGCUUCCAUUUUAUGGCAUAUAUUAUCUCACAUAUGGUCACGGCCGAGUAUGUCUGGUCUCUCCAUGGAUGAAUAACGGAAACAUAAAGGAGUAUCUCCUCGAAAAUCCACAGGUGGAUCGUGUCCUCCUGGUGUCCGAUGUUGCCGCUGGAGUGUUGUACCUGCAUCAAAAAGUAAAAAUUGUUCAUGGAGAUUUAAAGGGGGUGAACAUUCUUGUAACAGAAUCCGGGAAAGCCUGUCUUGCAGACUUCGGUCUUUCUAAUCACGUUGAUGCUGAAAUACUAACGUGGACAUCCGAAAGUUCUGCAAAUACUGGUCGGACUGUUCGUUGGCAAGCUCCAGAAUUAUUCAAUCCGGAAAACGGGAAAUCCAAGUCAACAAAAGAGACUGAUGUUUAUGCCUUUUCUUGUGUAUGUUAUGAGAUCUUUACCUGUCAGGUUCCGUUUCAUGAGAUACCCCGGGACUUUACCGUCAUGAUGAAAGUCAUGGAGGGUAAACGUCCUUCUCGCCCGGCGAAGAAUAGCGUGCCUUUCGUUGAAUGGGGGCUCACAGACUCUAUGUGGAGGUUGAUGGAGCAGUGCUGGGAUCGAGAUCCGAAGAAUCGUCCUACGAUGAGCAGCAUUUCCAGGAAGGGCUUUCUUUCUUCGCUUGUUGACAAUAGACCCCCGGGAAAGGGGGAAGCUCUUUCGCCACCACAAUUCCGCGGAGCCAUGCAUGGAUUUUUAUAA